GACCGCCUCCCCGCAGCCAGACUCUAUUUCCCAGAAUGCAACCGAAGACUCUUAUUUUUGAAAAACCUAGCGUGACCGCCCCGUUCCCCUAGCUCAAUGCAUUGUGGGAGUGGUCCUUUUGGAUCUCGGAGUGCUGGGGCCCCACAGUCUGUCAGGAAUCCCUGAUGUUCAAGGAUGUGGCUGUGGACUUCACUCCGGAAGAGUGGAGACAUCUGGAUCCUACACAGAGGACCCUGUUCAGGGAUGUGAUGUUGGAGAAUUAUGAGAACUUGGUCUCCUUGGGGCUUCCUGUUUCCAAACUGGAUGUGAUCUCCCUGUUGGAGAGAGGAGAAGCACCCUGGAGGCCUGAGGAAAGGGGCUCACAAUGUUUCUGCCCAGGUUCCCUCACUGAGGAGGGCAGGAUUCCAAUAAAAGAUUCUCUUCUCAUACAGGCUAUGUGUCUGAAAGAAGCCUCUAAGAAAAGAUUGCCAAAAGAUCCUGCCCAGUCUUCAAAGAUGCAAGAAGCUAAAGAAGAUGAUAUUAAUUUAGAGAAACUGAAGGGAAGACAGGGGAAACAGUCUAGACAAGUAACAAUCACUCCUAGAACAACUUUUAAUAAAUGGAAUGUGCCCACUCAGGGUUAUACAUUGGGAAGAAAUUUUAGUUCGGGAUCAGCCUUGGGUCUGUUGUGGAAGGGAGGUAUGGAGAAACGUCUCUAUAGAUAUAAGACACUUGGAAAGAACUUCAGGGGCUUUUCAUACCUGAAUGUGUGUAACAGAUCCUCCUUAGAGAAAAACUUGGGGAAAUGUGGCUUGUGCAGGAAGCCCUUCAGUUACCAUUCAGACUUAAUUAAAUUUCAUAAAAUUCAUACAAGAGAAAGGCUUCAUAAACACAGGGAAUGUGGAAAAGCCUUUGGCAAAAGACAAAAUGGCACUGGGCAUCAGAGAACUGAUACUGGAGAAAAACAUGAAUGUACUCAAUAUGAGAAAGUUUUUAGCCACAAGGAAAUCUUGACUAAACUUAAGAAAUUUCAUACUGGAGUGAAACUGUUUGAAUGUAAUGAAUGUCGGAAGUCGUUCAGGGAAAGUAAAGUACUCAAAAGCCAUCAGAGAAUUCAUACUGGAGAAAAACCUUUUGAAUGCAAUGAAUGUGGGAAAGGCUUUAGCCAGAGAGCCAACCUCGUUAGGCAUCAGAGAACUCAUACUGGUGUGAAACCUUUUGAAUGUAAUGAGUGUGGUAAAGCCUUCAGUCAGAGGGGACAGCUCAUUUAUCAUCAGAGAAUUCAUACCGGAGAAAAGCCCUUUGAAUGUAGUAAAUGUGGGAAAUGUUUCAGCCGGAGGGCAAUCCUUAUCACUCAUCAGAGAACUCAUACUGGAGAGAAACCCUUUGUAUGUAAUGAAUGUGGAAAAGCCUUCAGUGAGAAUAAAGUACUGAAAAGCCAUCAGAGAAUUCAUACUGGAGAAAAACCCUUUGAAUGUAAUGAAUGUGGUAAAACCUUCAGCCAGAGGAGGCUGCUCAUUUAUCACCAGAGAAUUCAUACUGGGGUGAAACCCUUUCAAUGUAAUGAAUGUGGAAAAGCCUUCAAUGAGAGUCGAGUAUUGAAAAGCCAUCAGCGAAUUCAUACUGGAGAGAAACCCUUUGAAUGCAAUGAAUGUGGUAAAGGCUUCACCCAGAGGGGCCAUCUUAUUAGACAUCAGAGAACACAUACUGGAGUGAAACCCUUUGAAUGUAAUGAAUGCCAGAAAGCUUUCAGUCAGAGAGGAAAUCUUAUUUGUCAUCAGCGAAUUCAUACUGGAGAAAAGCCUUUUGAGUGUAGUAAAUGUGGUAAAGGCUUUAGACAGAGGGCAGUCUUUAUCACCCAUCAGAGAACUCAUACAGGAGUGAAACCCUUUGAAUGUAAUGAAUGUGGGAAAGGCUUCAGCCAGAGAGGACACCUCAUUAGACAUCAGAGAACCCAUUCCGGAGCAAAACCUUUUAAAUGUAAUGAAUGUGGCAAAGGCUUCAACCAGAGUGGACACCUUAUUAAACAUCAGAGAACCCAUACUGGACCAAAACAUUUUGAAUAUAACAAAUUCCUUCCUCCUGAACAGGUCAUCCCAAAGUAGAUGUUCAUUGAUUGAGGAAUGGCUAAAUGUAUUGUGUUUCAUCAGUAAUGAAAUACUACUGUGCUAUAAGAAAGAGUGAAGAAUUUAAAGAAACAUGAGAAGGCAUGUGAACUGAUGCAGGGUGAAGAAAAGAGAACAAGGACUACAGUUUAUACAAUGAGUCAACACUAUGACAAGAAAGAAAAAAAUUAAAUGCAGUGUAAUUUUAAUCACUCAGCUUGACCCCUGGGAAAGGGAAAGGCACAUGCCUCUUUUUUAGAGAUGGGAAGGCUUGGAAUAUCAGAUAACCUUGUGUUUGCUGUCAGACUUCCUGGAUGUUUUGCUGAACUCCUCUACCCUUCCCAGCUUCAUUCUUGGUUAAAGAGAUGUCUUGGGUAGUAAGGGAUGGAGGUCACAUGAAAAUGUAUCAAAAUUAUUUUAAAAGAACAGGUUAUGUGAAACUGAGCUCAUGUCUUUUAUUGAUUACUAUAGUUACUAACCUAACAUAUAUGUUGUUUAUACAGAGUUGUUUGGAUGUUAUUUUCCUCAUUAGACUGAGCUCCUUGGGACUUUUUUUUUUAAGCUUAACACUGUGGCUGGCAUAUAGUAGGCACUUAAGAAAUGCUUAUUUAUUGACUGUGGCUA